UUGGUGCCUCAAAGCGGCUGGCAAAUUGCCAAUUGCUCAAUCUCAGCCCCUAGGAACGAAUUAGAUGACCGUCCUCUAUUCCUAUUCUUAACCUGCAGUGGCAAAAACUGUGGUGACUGGACUUUCAAAGUCAUUUUAAAGCAUCCAGGCAACCCGGUACGAGAUGACGAGACCCAGUUACUGGUUGGCGCAGCAAGUCACUAUCUCCAUGGAUCAAAUAUGCAGUCGAUGACGAUCAAACGUAUUUUGGCUGACAUUGUAAAUAAGCGACAAUAUGAUCCAGCAUGGUCGAUAGCAGCUAGUGCAUGGAAUGUCGAUAUGAUCUACCGAUACUUUUAA